AUGCUGCAAAACCUAGGCAUCAAGAAGGAUAAAGUUAAAGAACGCCUCACCGCCUUAUUUGUCAGUCGUCUCAAAGCGGUGCUAAAUACCUCACUAAAUUCCAAGAACAUGACCAAAGCAAUUAACACUUACGUUAUAGCCGCCCUUUCCUACUCGUUUGGUAUUGUCCCUUGGUCAGACACUGAAUUGGAAGGUCUGAACAGGACCAUAAGAACGUCCUUAACCAAGUUGGGCAAGCAUCAUCCAAAAGCUGCAAUUGAGCGGGUUAACAUCCCCAGAAGAGAGGGUGGAAGAGGUAUCCUUGACUUGCGAGAGGCAUGUCAUGGGCAGAUUUGCAUGCUCCGAAAUCACUUUCUAAGUAGGGAGGAUAGUACUUUGCAUGUUGCAAUAUGCCGCGUUGAUAAGUCUUACACGCCCCUCCGAAUAGCUGCGCAUAACCCUGAAGAGCAGCAGGCGUUUGACUUGUUACCGAGAAAGCUGGAGAACUGGGUAGGUAAACCGCUACAUGGCCGCCACGUCAACCUGGUGCAGCAAGAGCAUGUGAAUCAGGCUAAGUCAUAUCUAUGGCUCACGAAGGGACAGCUUUACCCAGAGACGGAGGGGUUCGCAAUUUCUAUCCAGGAUCAGGUAAUUGGUACGAGGAACUAUAGGAAGUAUAUCACGAAGGAAAACACAGGUAGCGACAAGUCUAGAAGAUGUAAUGCGGCCCCUGAAACAAUAGAUCAUAUCACUUCUGCCUGUGCUCAGCUUGCGGCGAAGGAAUAUACGGAGCGUCAUGACACCAUGGGAAUAAUAGUGCAUCAAGCCUUGGCAAGUAAUUGCGAUCUGUUGGAGAAUCCGGAACCUUACUAUCGGUAUAAUCCGCCACCUGUACUUGAGAAUCAGCGAUAUCGCCUGUAUUGGAACAACCCAGUCCUAACUGAUAGGAUGGUUAUGGCUAAUAGACCUGACGUCAUCUUGAUAGAUAAACAGGCGCGUGUUGUGCAGCUCUUGGAUUUUAGCAUCCCUAACGGACACAAUUUGUUGUCGAAGUAUGAGGAAAAGAUAUCAAAAUAUAUGCCUCUCUCUGUAGAAAUUAAGAGAAUUUGGGCCAUGGACAUUGUCUAUAUUAGGCCUAUUAUCAUGUCCGUCACAGGAGUCGUACCGGAGAGCCUAAUUAAACACCUAAAAGAGCUGAAACUCCCGGAUCACCUUCUCCACACCAUGCAGAAGUCAGUUAUUCUCAGCACCUGCAAUAUAGUUCGGAGUUUCCUUAACAUGGAAUAG